AUGGCCUUUUCGCAACACCAUCCAUCGGCGCGCUUCUCCGAGCUGCCUAUCGUACUGGUCCCCGAUGUCGACGACGACCACACCACGGGUCCGGAGGCGCCCUCGGAGGCUGUUGCGCCGGGCCCAGAGGAAGCACAGCCACCGCCCGCUCCGCAACACCCCAUCCCGUCCAUGCAGCAAGCGUUUGCAGAGUCGCUUGUGGAGGCUACACAGGGACAAGCCGCGAGCAAGCCGAAGCUGCGUACUGGCGAUGCCAAAGCACGGCGGGUCGAGCUACUCGACGGUGCCAGGUCGGAUCCGCACCCAACCGCCUUGUGGCGCUGUCGGCCCGGUCAGAAGACACAUGAGCUGUGCAGGCUGAUGGCGCAGAUCUCGUUUGGCGUCUACCUGCUGCUGAACGGCAUGGCUAACAGCCAGAUCCUGGUCGUUUCCAUCCUCCAGGGGCACAUCGACGAGGUGGACGAGUUCCUAGAGACGACGCUGGAGGACAUGGACCUAGCGAUGAAAGAUAUGGAGGAGCGCAUCAAGCACCUCAAGCUGCCGAUGGACAACAUUGACGUCUUCGAGCGGAUGUUGGAGGAUCGCAACUUCCGUAUGCAAAUUCUGGAUCGGAACCAGAAAAUCGAGCACAUUCUGGCCCGCACUCAACUUGCGCUGAAGCAGACGACGCAAGACCUCUCCGAAGGCCUCCUGGCAACCAGGGAAUUCACGAUAUACCUGGCCGAGCAGCAACAUGGAAGCUGGCGGCGGGAACGCCCCGAUGUGAUCGACAUUUUCGAUGCCAUGAAGGGGAAUACAGACGGGUGGUUCAACGCCUUCAUGGACCUGCAAGCAAAGGGGAGUACGCUGAAUGCCCUGAUCGUCCGGUUGAGCGACAUCGUCUCUGAGAUGGAGCGGAGGGCAGGCGAAGUCAGCCGCAAGACUCGGUUCAGCGUUCAGCCUUAUACGUCUCCUAGGCAUAGCCCUCAGCCGUCAGAUGCGUCGUCUGUCACGACCCCUCCGACUUCUCCGCCGCCAAGGAAGGUCCCGAAAUCACCACCCCGACUCUCGUUACGUCUCAGCACUCUAAACGCAGUUCAACUGUCAAUCGAUGAUGACAUUGAAGCAACGACGACGCGGGAUGAGACGACGGAGCAACAAGGUGGGCAUGUGGCGACGCCCCGAUCACUUCUGAUGGUAACCUCGAGGUCACCACCGCCCGAGUCGCCUGCCGAACCGUCUCCGGAAUCGCUGGAGAAUCUGCCGUCACAAUCACUUCCUCCUCGAAGUCCACGGCGGCUUUCUGAGCGGCCGUCGGCGUUGCUUGAUGCUCCUAAACUUGAAACUCCCCAUGAAGCCAACGAAGAGGAUGAGAGUGGCGAGUUGCCGUUGUUUAUCUUGCAACCAAGAACAUACACGCCCCAGCCGCCCACUCCACAGCCGUCGCCCCGUAUCGUUGAUGAGCGGCCCAAGGCGCAGGCAGAGCGGCAAAGGCCAAUAGUUGGGUCCUCGGCGUCUUCAGUUGAGUCCAUGGCGCAACUAACGGUCGAACACGCUAAACCCCGAGUCGAACAACUACCGUCGAAGGCACAAGCAUACAGGCCAAAGGUCGUGAACAUCGGAUCAAAGGCGGAUCUGAAGGCCGUCUCCUCCCAACCGAAACCUGGGCCGGACCCGGCUCAAGCGCCAGAAUUGGUCAUACCGCUGGAUCAUGAAGAGCAGCCGAGACCGAGGACUUCGCUGCGUCAACGCAUUUCGCUGAAAACGAAUCCUCCGGACUCUAUACAGAUUCUUCCCGCAAGCACCUUCGAACCGCAGCGGCCGUUUCACACGAUUGCUCGAGCCCAGCAAGCCCCUGAUUCCGCAUACGGGUCCGAUUUGGAGCGGGCCCCCGUCAACUCCAUGACAUCCAUCAACUCCUCGCUGGCGGACUUUACCCCGCCUUUCAUUCACCCUGGCAUGAUUCCGUCACCGCACUCUGAAAGGCAAUUUUUCCGACCAGUGCAGGCCAGCCCGUACUCGCCGCUGCAGCAGAGGCCACAUACAUCCCACACCAUUAACGCGCACCGUUUUCCAGCGCCGCCGAGGCAUACGCCCUCGGCUAUGGGCAUGAGUGUCAUGAGCAGCGGAACGUCCAUUGCUAACCAGACGGUUGGUGGGAAAACGGUAAAGAAGAAGCGCAGCGCAUUCGGCUGGCUGAAGAAGGCCUUCACUCUGGACGAAGAGGAGCGCGCUGUGUUUGAGCAAAGGAAGAGAGAGCAGCUCGCCAACCCAUAUAAUGAACCACCGACCCAACAGUUUCUGGACGGCAAACGCAUUCGACCUCGUCCGGCGUACUAG